AUGCUGACAGCAUGCAACAGUUUUUCUAAUAGAGAAACGGCAGACUGUUUCUGUAACAACAGGUAAAUCGAUUAAAACGAGACCGAGUAAGAGGGAAUAUUUAUUAUAUUUUGCAAAUUUAAAUUAAAUUUAAAAAAAAAAAAAACAAGAGAGAAAAAAUACCGACAUUAAAAUAUAAAAACCACUCUCGUGUGUACAUAUACCUUUAUCCCCAUCGAUCACGUACUGCUUCUACCGAACCUCUCUGUUUGUCUGGCUGUAUUUUUUUUAAAUGCAAAUUAUCCAAUUUGGUGCUUGUUGAGACACAUGGUAAAAUAUACGAUGUCGUAAGGAAAACUUACACACACAGGGUGAAAGGGCGAUACAAAAGAAUUAUUCGUUGGUGUUUCGUUUCGAAUUUAAUUUAACGUUCUCUCUGUUUCGAUCGUAGAACGUUUCAGAGUCCGUGGUCGUGGGCUUGCGUCGCCGGAAGAUGCGAGAGGAGAGCGGUCAGAUCGUCGAGGACUUCUUUGGCCAGCUGUAUUGCUCUCUGUGGAGGGAACACCAGGCUCCUCUGGCCAAGGCCGACCGGAAACGUGUUCCUCGGCGAAGACAGCGUGAUCAUACAUCUGCAGCAAAUCGAAUUCAUCACGGUGAACACCAGCGAUCAGGAAACGAAGAACCUGCUGGAGCACGCCAAGGACGUUUUCAUCGGUAACGUGAGGAGCCUAGUAAAGAUAGCAAACGCGAAGAGCAGAUCCGGCGUGGAGGUAUUCCUGAUCUACCUAUCCGCCGGGAAUGGGAGACCGACGGGGCCAAGUUUAGAAACAGACGAGUCGUACACCCUCGAGCUGAUGCCCAAAGGAAGAGUUCUCGAGGCGCGAAUCACCGGGAGAAGUUACUUCGGUGCCAGACACGGUUUGGAAACGCUCGGUCAAAUGAUCUGGUGGGACGAGACCGCCGGGAGGGAAGGUGCCUUGCGAGUAUUAUCUCGCGUCUCUGUCGAGGACAAGCCAACGUUCGCCUACAGGGGUUUGCUGGUCGAUACGGGGAGACAAUUCUUCCCGGUUGAACGGUUGAAACGCGUGAUCGACGGAAUGGCCGCGUCCAAGUUGAACACUUUCCACUGGCAUUUAUCCGACUCGCAGAGCUUCCCAUUCGACUCGGCCCAGUUCCCGGAAAUGGCCAGAUGGGGCGCCUACAGCGGCGAUCAGAUCUACACGCCCGACGAUGUGAAGGACCUCGCGGAUUACGCGAGGAUCCGCGGCAUCAGGAUACUCGUCGAGAUCGACUCGCCGGCACACGCUGGCGCUGGCUGGCAAUGGGGGACGGAGUACGGUUACGGGGAGCUGGCACUCUGCGUUGAUCAGCAGCCAUGGUCGUCGUAUUGCGGCGAGCCGAAUUGCGGCCAGUUGAAUCCCAUCAACGAGCACACCUAUCGAAUAUUGGAGGGGCUGUACAGGGAGCUGCUGGACCUGACCGAAAUUCGCGACAUCGUACACCUUGGCGGGGACGAGGUGAACCUGGAUUGCUGGGCACAGUAUGGGAACAUCACGGCCGCGAUGCAAGCGCAGAACAUGACCGAUCACCAUGCAAUGUGGGCCGAAUUCGAGACGAAGAUGCUGCAGAGGUUGGUCAAGGCCAACCACGACGAAACGCCGAAGGCUGUGAUUCUGUGGAGCUCGCCGUUGACGAAGAGGCCUUACAUCACCAUGUACUUCGACCCGAAGAUCCACGUGAUCCAAUCGUGGGGUGGUAGCAACUGGCCGGAGACACCGGAUCUUCUUGAGGACGGUUUCAGAGUGAUUCUUUCUCACGUGGACACGUGGUACCUGGACUGCGGGUUUGGCAAAUGGAGGGAAAUUGGGGAAGCCGCUUGCGGCGAGUAUCGUACCUGGCAGACUGUCUACAAUCAUCGACCUUGGAGAGAUUAUCCUCAGCAACAUUUGAGCCUGGUUUUGGGCGGAGAAGCGGCUAUCUGGAGCGAGCAGACUGGCGAUGCUUCCUUGGGACCUCGACUAUGGCCCAGGGCAUCUGCCCUUGCUGAAAGAUUAUGGAGCGAUAUGCCAACUAACGGCUACUCGACGGACGAGAGCGUGUACACGAGGCUGGCCACACACCUGGAGCUUCUAACGAACCGUGGAUUGAAAACAGAAGCCAUGUGGCCGCAAUGGUGUUCCCAGAAUCCCGGCAAAUGCCUCUGA